UGGAGGCUGAAAGAAUGGAGAAACCAGGUUCUCUUGUAAAUGUUCUUGCCCCAGGCCGUGUCUCUGCAGCUGCUCUUCCUUUAUUUAGGCUCCUGCCCCAGCCACAGGGCCUCUGCUUUUCUAGCUCCCGUCCUUCCUAACCUCCGAGCUCUGGAAAUGCUUUCUGCCUUUAGCCUCCCAACAGAAGGGAGAGCCUGUGGCUCCUCCUGGUCUCUGGGUUGUCUUACUGUUUCCUGUUUUUCUGUCACAUGCAUAACCAAUUCCCUAGGCCAGUUUCCCUCUACUUUAGAACCUUAAAGAGAUGACUGUUUACCCUGUUUAGACCCUGAUAUCUACGGGAAAUGCCGGGCCAUAUCUUCUAAAAUCACACAGUAAGACCUCAGAUCCAACAGUGCAGCUCUAGGAAUUUAACAGCGGAAUACAUUUUUAUUUGCGUGAGGCAAUAAAAGCAAAAGAUUCUUCAUUGCCUUGAAUGUCUAUUAGCAGAAAACUUGAGAGAAUACACUCUUAAUAUAGGGGAUGGUGACUGAAGCUACAGAGUUGAGGGAAGAGGCCACUGAGUUGAUCCAGACAGACCUCCAUGAUGUUUUGCUAAAUUACAGAAGCAAAGUAUGAAAAUACGUAUUCUAUGCUAGCUUCUUUUUUUUCUCUCUCUUCCUUUCUUUCUAAAGAAGUGCUGGGAGAUGAAUGAGCAUUUUCUGGAAAGUUAGACAAGGAGCUAAGAACAGUGAUCACCUGUUCAGACAGUGCCUGAAGACCUGUCAUUAGAAGAGCGAGAAGAGCUUUUGGACAUCCGUAGAAGGAAAAAGGAACUUAUUGAUGACAUUGAGAGGCUGAAAUAUGAAAUUGCAGAAGUGAUGACGGAAAUUGACAACCUGACUUCAGUGGAGGAGAGCAAAACGACACAGAGGAACAAGCAAAUAGCCAUGGGAAGAAAGAAAUUCAACAUGGACCCCAAAAAGGGCAUUCAGUUCCUGAUUGAGAACGACCUGCUGCAGAGCUCCCCAGAGGAUGUCGCCCAGUUUCUGUACAAAGGAGAAGGCCUGAACAAGACCGUCAUCGGAGACUACCUGGGUGAGAGAGAUGAUUUUAACAUCAAAGUUCUUCAGGCUUUUGUUGAGCUGCACGAGUUUGCUGAUCUCAACCUUGUCCAGGCCUUAAGGCAGUUCCUGUGGAGCUUCAGACUUCCUGGAGAGGCGCAGAAGAUCGACCGCAUGAUGGAGGCCUUUGCGUCCCGAUACUGCCUGUGCAACCCUGGGGUCUUCCAGUCCACAGACACUUGCUACGUGCUGUCUUUUGCCAUCAUCAUGCUCAACACCAGCUUGCACAACCACAAUGUGCGGGACAAGCCCACUGCUGAGCGCUUCAUCACCAUGAACCGAGGCAUCAACGAGGGUGGGGACCUUCCCGAGGAGCUGCUGAGGAACUUGUAUGAAAGUAUCAAGAAUGAGCCGUUCAAGAUCCCAGAGGACGAUGGGAAUGAUCUGACCCACACCUUCUUCAAUCCAGACCGAGAAGGCUGGCUGCUGAAGCUGGGAGGGGGCCGUGUGAAGACCUGGAAGCGGCGCUGGUUCAUCCUCACAGACAACUGCCUCUACUACUUUGAGUACACCACGGACAAGGAGCCCAGGGGGAUCAUCCCCCUGGAGAACCUGAGCAUCAGGGAGGUGGAGGACCCUCGGAAGCCGAACUGCUUUGAGCUUUACAACCCCAGUCACAAAGGGCAAGUCAUUAAAGCCUGCAAGACGGAGGCAGAUGGCCGAGUGGUGGAGGGGAACCAUGUUGUAUACCGGAUCUCUGCCCCCAGCCCUGAGGAGAAGGAGGAGUGGAUGAAGUCCAUCAAAGCGAGCAUCAGUAGGGACCCGUUCUAUGACAUGCUGGCCACAAGGAAGAGGAGGAUUGCCAAUAAGAAAUAGGGAAAAGUCAAGAUCCAGACUCCAGCGAAUACACUGGCCUCACAAGCCGCAGGACUGGGGACGGUGUGGAGCCCAGGGGUCCUCCAGAAGAGCCAGCCAAGGCCGGAGCCCUCCAGCCUGUGCUCUGGGACAUUGGCCAGCUGUGAGCGUCUCUUUCCUGCCACCGUCCUAGCAUUGACCUUUGGGGACCCUUGUCCACAACAGCACCUGGUGAUGACAGCCUCCAGACCUGCACAGCCCACGUGGGACUCCCGUUCCGGAGCCAGAGCCUCAGCCACACCAAGCCACACCUGCUCUCUGGGGCAGCACUACAUGUUCUAGAAGUCGCUGUUUUAUAUCAAAAUGGGAAAGGAAAACCUACCACUUUUUUAUUCAGAAUUUUUCUCAGAUAUAUAGGAUUAUAGCUUUUAUAUGCCUUUUUAUAUUCUGAAAAUUAUAAUGAAAGAUACUUAAUUUCUAACAGUAGUAUUUUUAGAAUGGCAGCUAUAAACUUAACUCCUGGACACAAGUACACGCUGUGCACUGGAAACACUGUAUAUGCAGCCCCCAGGCACUUGGGACUCAGGCAGCCACUCCAGGUGGAGAGGCACUGGGGUGACCAUGAGGACCAGUGUGCUUUGGAGACUCAGGCGCGACUGCCACUCCCCCACACAUGCUUCUAUGAGGUGAAUCAGUAAGAUCAGGCUAUGGUUUGGGGCAUUGAUCCUGUCAGCACCAAGGCCUAGAGAUGGAAUUCUCUGGAACAGGCCACUUCUGUGGAGAACCACAUUAAACUGCCCUUCGUGGAGGACAGCUCUGUGGGCUGACUGCACGUGGCUCGUGGCUUUGGUAGUCUGGCUGCUUGCUGUUUCACACUUUGGUUAAGUGCUGACAUAUUUUGAUGUAGUGAGUAGGCAGCCAGAAGCAGCCAGAAAUAAUUGAUCUGUCCUCUGGUAAUGCCGGGUUUUCCAACAUUUGACAUCCCUUUGAGGAGGGGAAAGGCUGAAGAUGGCACUGGGGGACACCUGUGGCAUCUAGACCCCAUGUAUACCGGCAUAUGACUUUAGGGCACAUGUGCUUGGGCGGAGACGUGGUAGGCGACAGGACCCAUUCAUCUGAGAGAACCCUCUGGAGGCUGCAUGUGCUUCCUGAGAAAUGGCUUUCCCCUGCACAUCUGCUUCACCACUCUGCACCCACACAUCUGGAGCCUGUGUUCUGAGGGCCCUUGAAACUGCCAUCCAAAUGCCCUCACACAAGAUGUUCAGUGAGCGGCCUUGAGGCUUUUGCCUCUGACCUUGGUGGUAGCUGUCAUCUAAGCUGACACGGGGAUGUGGAGGCCAAAGCUCCCUCAGGCACCAAACUCAUCACUCUUUGGUUUAUUCAAGCUUCUAGGCUCUUACUAUACCUCAGAUCUGAAACCCUUGCAUUUGAGCUGCCCGGCUGGUGUGUAUGCAGCCUGGCUCCCAGUCUUCCAUGAUCCCUACCCCUGUUCCCCACUCCCUGCCUUCACCACCUCAGACCUGAACUUCCUGCUGGCAGGGCCCCUGUUGAGAGGUGGGAGCCGGCAUUCCUUCAGUCAGGACCAAGGUGUCGCCCUGGGCAACAGAGCUCUCUGUUGGACAUUGAGGACGGGACAUUAAGCAUGAGGCUACCUUACCUAAUGCUGUCUUUAAUGCCAUAGUCAUCUUUGAGGGGACCUUACCUUAUGGCUGUUGGUUUGCCUGAUGGCUGUUGGUGCUAAGAAUCCUAAGUUACUGGCUCUUGGAGUAUCCGCAAGGAGUCACUUAACUCAGGUUACGUUGUGACAGUAUUAAACCCCAAGGGCAUCUGGCCACGCCCAGAGCUUGUAAAGGCUGGGCACUCAUGCCCUUCACCCUUUGUCUGCACUCAUCAGUGAAGCAUUGAGCCCUACUCUGGCCAAAGAGAGUUUCCUGUCCUGCUGGGCUUCAGAACACGUGGUGGGACAGCAGUGUAACUGGGAACCCUUUGGAGAUGCAGCCGCCUACUGUGUGCGCUUCAUGUCAUACUGACUUCAGAGCUAAGGUGUGCUUUGCUGACAAGUUAGGUCGUUACAGACCACAAACCAUAAGUUGUGAUUUCUCCUUUUUAUCUUAGAAAACAUUUCUAUUUACAAUAAAUAGUUACUAUGUAAAUAGUGUAAAUAUGUAUUAAUUUCUUCCAUGUUAUACAAUGUACAUACUCCUACAACCUGCAUGAAGAGAGAUCCUAUUAAUGUCCACAUCAGAAUUUCUGGCUAUUGCAAACAGCUAGUGAAAUGGAGGGCCUUACAGCUGUCAGAACUAUUGCAAAUACCGUUUUCCGUAAAUAAAAACAUACCGCUAAAAACAAAA